AUGGAAAGACGACCGCAUCAUGGACAGAACAAUAGACAUAGCAAUAGACAGAAGAAUAGAUCACAUUUUAAUCAGCACAGGAACAGACAGGGCAAAAAUUUCCGUAGAAACCACCAACAGAACCACAAUAGAACCAACAAUCAACAAUCUGGACUAUCAGAAACAUCUGCCGCUUCGAUCAGAAUGUUCUACCAACUUCUGCAAUGCCUUCACCAUAUCAAUGUGGUAUCAAAACAAUUGGAUGGUUCUUUAAGUCUUGACCUUUCGAAAAAGGUCUCUCAUCUGAAUGAGUUCAUUCAACCUGCUCUAAAAAAUCCCAUCAUCUCUUUGGCGAUUGAAAAAAUUAAUCAAACUUGGGCAACAAGUAUUCUUUCAGCUCUAAAAAAUCAUUAUAAUUCCAUGGUAAAAACUAAAUUAGACUUGAUCAAAUCACACUCUUUUACGGACAUACAAAUUGAGUCUUUUUCGUCUGAAGCUUUAAAUUGGGCUAGGAAAGUUUAUAAAUCUCGUUUACAACAAACUGUAGUCGAACAGUUCAAAUCACUUUUGGCAGAUAUUAAAAAUACGGCUUCAGAAGCACUUGAGGAUAUGGAUGUAGGCAAUGUAGAGUUGGUAGAAGUAUCUCUUCCUCCAACUACCAAAAACAGAUUUAGUUUCAUGCCACAAUCCACUGGGAAACCAAAACGGAACAGAUCAUAUUCCCCAACAAGUUUUCCAUCCUCUUUUGAAACUCCUUCAAAACGAAAACAUAUCUCAAGCCCAAGAUCUUCUCUACCGUAUUCACCUACAGACCAACCUACUAGUUUGCUUUCCACUUCAAAUAUAGUGAACAAAAAUACACCAUCUACUUCAUCAUCACCUCACAGAUCUCUCACGAUUGCACCGUCUUCUUCAGCAUCUUCUUCAUCAUCACCUCGUAGGUCUCUUAAGAUUGCACCGUCUUCUUCUGCAGCAUCGUCUUCAUCAUCUUCUUCAGCAUCACCUCGUAGGUCUCUUACUUUUGAUAAGACACUCACCCCAUCUUCUUCAUCAUCAACUUCUUCUGUCACCAACCAACCAGCAUCAUCUAGACCCUCUACUAAACCACACGUUCAUACCCGACAGAGUGAUAAAUCCAAAUUCAAUCUACCAAAACCAACCAAACCUAUUCUCAUCAUUGGAUCGUCAAAUUUAGGCCGUAUCCCAGAAGGCACGUCAGAAACCCAAAUAGAGAGCUUUCCAGGCGCAAGAAUCUGUCAUUUGAAGUCUAUAAUCACUAAAGCAGAAGCCAGUCAAGUACCAAAUAAAGUAAUAGUACAUGUAGGUCUAAAUGAUAAACAAGAAGGUGGUAAUUUCAUCCACAUCCAAAUGUUGGAACUGCUGUCAAUUGUCCGAAACAAGUUUCCAAAAGCCUCCCUGUAUGUCACACCGAUACCAGUUUCUUCAUCUUUAAAACGAGCAUGUCCUGGAGCCUUCAAGAACCUAUCAAAAUUCAAUGAACUUAUCACAGCUAAACCACCAACCAAUACCUCUACCAUUCCAGAAUACUCCGGAUUCAUUAAAGUUCAAAACGACAAUAUUCAUUGGACAGAGAUGACAGCCAAGAAUAUAUUUUCUCACUGGAUGGCCCAUUUAAACUAG